UUUUUUUUAUGUACCUUCUGCGCGAUUUUGAGCAACGAGCAGGUGAGGUGGGAGCUCAUAGGAAGUGUUGCGGGAAUGUACUGGUCACGAUAGUUUCCCCGUAAAAUGUGGCCGGCUAGUCGGCUAGUUAAGGAACUGCGUUCCACAAGAAGAAUCAUCAGGGGCUUCUAUGUAGAAAUGGGAAGAUAGCGAAAGCUUGCUACACAGGGCUUUCGUGGGAAGAUGGCGACGGAUAAGCAGAAGCAUGAAGGCAGGGUGAAAAUUGGACAUUAUAUUCUUGGAGACACACUAGGGGUAGGAACCUUUGGGAAAGUAAAGGUUGGUCAGCAUGAACUGACAAAACACCAAGUAGCCGUGAAGAUCUUGAACAGACAGAAGAUUCGCAGCCUUGAUGUCGUAGGAAAGAUUCGCAGAGAAAUUCAGAACCUAAAGCUCUUCAGACAUCCACAUAUUAUUAAACUGUAUCAGGUCAUAAGCACUCCGACAGAUAUCUUCAUGGUGAUGGAAUAUGUCUCUGGCGGUGAGCUGUUUGACUACAUCUGCAAAAACGGAAAGCUGGACGAGAAAGAGAGCAGGCGUCUGUUCCAGCAGAUCAUCUCUGCCCUGGACUACUGCCACCGGCACAUGGUGGUGCACCGGGACCUCAAGCCAGAGAACGUUCUGCUGGACGCUCAGAUGAACGCCAAGAUCGCGGAUUUUGGCUUGUCGAACAUGAUGUCAGAUGGGGAAUUUUUACGGACAAGUUGCGGCUCUCCAAACUACGCAGCCCCUGAGGUCAUCUCAGGAAGGUUAUACGCUGGUCCAGAGGUUGACAUCUGGAGCAGCGGCGUGAUUCUGUACGCCCUGCUGUGCGGCACGCUCCCGUUCGACGACGACCACGUGCCGACGCUGUUCAAGAAGAUCUGCGACGGCAUCUUCUACACGCCGCAGCACCUGAAGCCCGCCGUGAGCAGCCUCCUGAAGCGCAUGCUGCAGGUGGACCCCAUGAAGAGAGCCACCAUCAAGGACAUACGAGAGGACGAAUGGUUCCAGAAGGACCUGCCGAAGUACCUUUUCCCCGACGAGUCGAGCCACAGCUCCACCGUGAUCGACGACGAGGCCCUGAAGGAGGUGUGCGAGAAGUUCGAGUGCUCGGAGGACGAGGUCCUGACCUGCCUGUACAACCACGACCACCAGGACCCGCUGGCGGUGGCCUACCACCUGAUCAUCGACAACCGGCGCAUCAUGAACGAGGCCAAGGACUUCUACCUGGCCAGCAGCCCCCCCGAGGCCUUCCUGGACGAGCACCAGCAGCCGGCCGCCAGGCCGCACCCCGAGCGCGUGCCCUUCCUGGUCGCUGAGGUGACGCCGCGCCCGCGCCACACCCUGGACGAGCUCAACCCCCAGAAGUCCAAGCACUCCGGGGUGCGCCGGGCCAAGUGGCACCUGGGCAUCCGCAGCCAGAGCCGGCCCAACGACAUCAUGUCCGAGGUGUGCCGCGCCAUGAAGCAGCUGGACUACGACUGGAAGGUUGUGAAUCCGUAUUAUCUGCGCGUGCGGAGGAAGAAUCCGGUGACUGGAGUUCAGGCCAAGAUGAGCCUGCAGCUCUACCAGGUGGACAGCAGGACUUACCUUCUUGACUUUCGUAGCAUUGACGAUGAAGCGCCGGAGUCAAAGUCCGGCACCGCGACCCCUAACCGCUCGGGGUCUCUGGGGAGCUACCGAGCCAUCGCCAAGACGGAGAGCGCGGGGGAGGAGGCCAAGGCCGACGCCCUCGCCAAGGGUUCGGACGGCUCCGUGGCCUCCUCGCUCACCUCCUCCGUGGAUUCGGCCGGCGGCGGCGACGCCCUGACCAGAGUGGGAAGUCACACCAUAGAGUUCUUCGAGAUGUGCGCCAAUCUGAUCAAGAUGCUCGCGCGGUAACGCCUUGGCGGCGGCCCCUCUUUCUGCUGCGUUUCCAUAGCAAUAGGAGCGCGAGGGAUUCGCGGCUUGGCGCGUGCUGCUGUGGGCGGAGUAGUCCCUCUGUGGCACUGACAAGGUUUAGCCCUCUGUAACUGAGAGGUAACUCAGGGUGUGAAUGUUGCGUAUGCCGAGCCACUUUAUAAUCACAACAAGCAUUUUUACCCGAUUGCCUUUUUAAGACCGGUUGUCAUUUACAAAAAAAAAAAAAAGAAAAUGUCUAGAACACAUUUACAUUUGUGUCCCAACCAUUUUUGGUCAGGAGCGAUGCAUUGAAGUAGCAGAAUUGCCUUUGUUGGCGUCAGAUCCCUUCAUGUUCAAGAAAACGGCGAGAUUUGCCCGUGAAUGUUAGAAAAAAUAUACGCAGGAGGCACUUUUGCACCGAUUCCUUUUCCCUACUGGUCUCGUUUCCAACCUGCUUAUCUAAGUCACAGUGCACAUGUUGUGUAAUGGGCGGCACAAACUGAAAGAAAUUCAAAUAGGACCAAAUUUUGUCAAGGAGGUGUAAUACGUACUGUAUUUAUACAGAGGAUACAUGUUUCCCCCCAUUUCAUCCCAGUUUUAAGUGUAAAUAAUCAUAAAAACUAAAUAUAUUUAUCCAGACUUCAUGGGGGAAUUCUAGAUUUUAUUAAAAGAAAUAAAUUAUUGUGUGUGUAGACUUUGAAAUUGAUUGUGUGUCUGUCUUUUUUUGUAGUUUGUUAUCAUAUGGCUGGAUAUAACAAACUAUUUCGCUCCGUUGAAUUUGCACUUGGAUUUCAGUUAAACCCAAGAAGUUGCUGUAAGCGUGACUGUUGAAGCGCGAAGCCGAGUUUAUCAUUAAUGGUUAAUUACGUGAGCGUAACCGUUCAACACGCUGUUUAAUUCUCGUCUUUUUUUCUUUCUUUUUUUACACAAAGUAAAUAAAGCAAGUUUACCGUCAAUUUGUGACCAUUUAGCGUGACUGUCUUAGUGGGAGAACAGGGUGGGCGUUAUGUUUUAAGAGUGGAUUUAAUUAGAAAAUCCUGCAAAUGUAAGGAUGGGAAAGUUGCACAAGGCAUUUUUUGUGGUUAGAUGUGUUCAAUUUUUCAAUGUGGUUUAUUAACUUUUAUGGUUGAGGAAUAGGUGCGGGCUUUGACUUGGGAAUAAGAGAAUGGACACCUAUUAUUUAAUGCUGUUUUUGCCGAAAACAGGAAGCGUUGAGACCGUUCUCAACAGAAUCACUGUCCUUAAAUGGUCUUGGCCACCAUUUUAAUUAAUGAAAUUAAAUUAAUACAAUGCUGAAUGAGUGGUCAGUAGUUGUUAUGCAAGUACUCGCCAUUAAAUUGUGACAAUAUGAAGGUUUCUUCAUUAGUGUUCUCUGUUUAUUAUGUUAGAGACUCGCGCGGGCCAGUAUAUGCAUUUUAAUUACCGUAUCACCUUUAGGAGGGAAAAAAAGAAACCGUUACAGACGUUCACUCUGCUCACCCAUAAGCUUCCUCGUUAUCAAAGUUCCAUUAAUCAUUCUUUGGCAAUAGAUUGCUGUACAGUUGACCAAUGGUUUGCAAUCUGUUUAAAGUAGUACCCACAGAACUUUCUCUGUUAAAUGUAUCUGGUUCAUAAUAUGCUUGACUGUACAUUUGUUAAACUCUUGAUUGGGUUAUAAACUCAUGAAUGGUAGCAUUUUGUGUAGCUUUCCAACGGGAAACCUUUGUCAAGGGAAAGAAAGUGCUUUAAUUGUUUUGAUAUUCCCAAACUUACCAUAAAAUUAGUUUUUAGCACAUUUUUAUUAUGUUACAUAUACAUACUUUGAUUUUUAGAAAUGAUACUUCUCUCACUUUUUUAUAAGCGGUUUUCUAACAAGCUGAUUGGAGCAUAUAGGGAAGGAGGAUUUUUGCUGAUUGUUUGUUUAAACUGCACUCUGUAUGUGUGAUGCAGCAGAAGAACUUGAUAUAAGGGUUGUGGGUUUGAAACGCACUUGCGGAAACUGCUGUUCUACCUUCGGGCGACGUGUAUAUAAAUUGCUUAAGUAAAAGGAAAGUGCAAUUACAUCCAUGAGAAAGAGAAUGUGUUUGAAAUUGUAAGCACUAAUAGUUAAGAAAAGGCGAAAAGUAGUGUACUUUUUUAAUGUCUUAAUGUGCACACAAACUGCCUAAUAAACAUACAUUGCACCAAUA